AUGGAUGAGCAAGUAAUUUUCACGACAAAUACCUCAGGAACGAUAUCCUCUGUACACUCAUUUGAGCAGGUAAAUUUGAGACAAUGUUCCACCCAAGCAAGAAAUAGUUGUGUUCGAGUGAGUAACAAGUACUUAUUCAUUGCACAAGCACAAAAGGCAUUAAUCAAUGUCUACAAUUUGGCAGGCUCGUUCAAGAGAGAGUCUGUCGAACAACGUCUGCCUUUACCGGAAGUCCUAAAAUGUUUAGAAGUGGUUCAAAAUACUGGAGUACAGUACGAUAGAAUCGAAAGUGUCAGUCAUAACUUACCAGAAUUUAAUCUUCCGUACCUGUUGCUUGGCUCAACUGAAUCUGGUAAAUUGUACAUAUGGGAGUUGAAUUCGGGGGCCUUAUUGAAUGUGAAACCCAUGGCUCACUAUCAAAGUAUCACUAAGAUCAAGUCCAUUUUAAACGGAAAGUAUAUCAUUACUUCAGGUAACGACUCCAGAGUUAUUAUAUGGCAGACGGUUGACUUAGUGUCUGCAUCCAAUGACGACCCAAAACCUAUAUGCAUUCUUCACGACCAUACUUUACCUGUGACAGACUUCCAAGUCUCUUCUAGUCAAGGGAAAUUUCUAUCAUGUACAGAUACGAAAUUAUUCACAGCAUCUCAAGACGCUACCAUAAGAUGCUAUGAUUUGAGUUUAAUAGGUUCUAAAAAGAAACAAGAAGAAAGAAACGGAGACGAAGUUGGAAUUGGUAAAGAACCUGCAUUGCUCGCAACAUUCACGACCCCCUAUGCCAUUAAAUCCAUAACUCUCGAUCCUGCUGAUAGAGCAUGCUAUAUCGGUACUGCAGAUGCUUGUUUCUCGCUGAAUUUGUUCUAUAAAUUAAAGGGAAACGUCGUUGUUAAUCUGUUACAGUCCACAGGAAUGAAUACAAUUCAAAAAAGUAAAGUGUUUUCCCUGGUACCACGCAGUUUAGUAACUGGUGGCGAGAAUCAGGACUCGGAUGUACUAUAUUCAAUGGGCCAACUAAUCUGUGAUAAAAUCUUGAAUUCUAACGUGUCGUGUUUAGAAAUAUCGAUGGAUGGUACAUUGUUAUUAAUUGGUGACACAGAGGGGAAAGUUUCUAUUGCGGAGAUCUACUCAAAGCAGAUCAUCAGAACUAUUCAAACUUUAACUACGUCGCAAACGUCUGUUGGAGAAGUGACCAAUCUUCUAGUCAGUCCUAAUAGAAUUGAAAAUGACAACCAACUAUUUGAAGGGGAAUCCAAGGGGAAACAUACCAAUAGUAACAAUGAUCAUAAUUCCGUAAAGAUACCAAAUCUACAAAGAGUCAUAUUUGAUACUAAAAACAAGAGCAAUCUGCACGAUAUUUGGUACCAGAUCGGAGAACCAGAAACAGAGACAGAUCCCAAUCUCUUGUUACCACUCAAUGACUUCAAUGCUUAUUUGGAGCGGAUCAAAUCACAAGAAUCUAUGUUUACACAUAUCGGCAAAAUAUCGAGUGAUGUGAAAGUAGUUGAUGAUGAAAUCAACGCCUCUUUGUCCCUAGAUCAGACCGAUAAGGAUAAGGAAGUCGUCGAACUUAAGGCCAACAUAGAAGCGCUGACUCACGCCUACAAAGAGUUACGUAGUAUGCACGAGACGCUGUACGAAGAACAUCAGCAGAUACUCGGCAAGCAAUAA